AUGACAAGUAGUGAUAAAACUAGUGACGCUCCAUCAGCGUUAUCAUCAUCAUCAUCAACAACAACUUCAAAAUAUAGUACAAAAGACAGAAAUUGUAAAACAGUUCCAACACCACCCUCACAUCGUCUUGAUAUUAAUGAUAUUUAUUCUCAUCCAUCCGAUCCAGAUGACAAACCUAAUUUAGAUAUUCUUAAACAACAUCUUUUACUUGAAGGUCGUGUUACUGAACAAGCUGCAAUUCGAAUAAUCGAUGCUGGUGCUGCUAUUCUACGUGAUGAACCAACAAUGAUUGAUAUUGAUGCACCAUUAACAAUAUGUGGUGAUAUUCAUGGACAAUUUUAUGAUUUAAUCAAAUUAUUUGAAGUUGGCGGUUCUCCUGCUACAACUCGAUAUUUAUUUCUUGGUGAUUAUAUUGAUCGAGGAUAUUUUGGAAUUGAAUGUGUUCUUUAUUUAUGGUCAUUAAAAAUUCAUUAUCCAAAAACAUUUUAUUUACUUAGAGGAAAUCAUGAAUGUCGACAUUUAACAGAAUAUUUUACUUUUAAACAAGAAUGUUUAGUUAAAUAUACAGAAAAAAUUUAUGAAUCUUGUAUGACUGCUUUUGAUUGUUUACCAUUAGCUGCAUUAAUGAAUAGACAAUUUUUAUGUGUACAUGGUGGAAUUUCACCGGAAAUUCAUACAUUAAAUGAUAUACGAAAGUUAGAUCGAUUUCAUGAACCCCCACCAUAUGGUGCUAUGUGUGAUCUUCUUUGGUCUGAUCCAAUUGAAGAUUAUGGAAAUGAAAAAGAAACUUCAUCAUCAACAUCAAAACGCCAUAAUAAUAUUCCAUUAAGUGAUUCAUCAAUAAAUAAUACAUCACAAAUAAUUCCUUCAUCAUAUAAUGAACAUUUAUUUCUAACAAAUACAACACGUGGUUGUUCUUAUUUUUAUACAUAUGCUGCUGUUAAUGAAUUUUUAAUACAUAAUCAGAUAUUAUCAAUAAUUCGUGCUCAUGAAGCACAAGAUGUUGGCUAUCGAAUGUAUAAAAAAUCAGCUGAAACUGGUUUUCCAUCAUUAAUAACAAUUUUUUCAGCACCAAAUUAUUUAGAUGUUUAUCAAAAUAAAGCAGCUAUUAUGAAAUAUGAAAAUAAUGUUGUUAAUAUUCGACAAUUUAAUUGUUCAUCACAUCCAUAUUGGUUACCAAAUUUUAUGGACGUUUUUUCAUGGUCAUUACCAUUUGUUGGUGAAAAAGUUAUUGAUGUACUUUUAAAUAUUCUUAAUAUAUGUACAGAUGAAGAAUUAGCUGAACAUGAUGCAGAUAUUGAUACAUUAAUUGAACGUAAUAACCGUGAACAACGUAAAGAACAAAUUCGUACAAAAAUUCGUGCAUUAGGUAAAGUAGCUAAAGCAUAUAAAUCAUUACGUGAAUUAAGUGAAAAUGCUAUUACAUUACGUGGUUUAACACCAUCAACUAGUUCAACAGAUUUAAAUAAUAGUGAUGAAGUUAAAACUGAAGCUGAAGUUGUUGCAAAUAUUCUUCGAGAUAAAAAUGCUUCAACUAAAGAACGUUUUUCAACAGCUAAAAUACUUGAUCAAGUUAAUGAACGUAUGCCACCAUCUAAAUCAACAAAUUCAAUUAUUAAUUCAACUAUUACUGAACGUAUUAGACGUACAUCAACAACAAAUCAAACAUCACAACAAACAAUUAAAAAAGAAUUGCCAUCAAAAACAAUUGUCGGUGGUACAACACAAGGUCUUGUUAAAAUGAGACGUGAAAGUUAUAUUGGAUCAUCAAAAUCAACACCUACUACUGAUUUAACAAAGACUGUUAAUGGUAAAACAAUAACAAAAAAAUAA